CACUAUUCAUGUUGUAAACAAGAAGGUAUCAACAUAUAUCAAAACUGACAUAAUACUUAUCGUUGCUGUCUUUUGUAAUAUAAGAUAAGGGUAUUGGAGUCAAGCAGUCAAGGAGCCGUCCAUAAACAGGGGGACUUGCUCGUGGUUGCAAUGGCUUCUGAUGCUACCAACAGUACACCAGCUCUGCAGGCCAGGGUGGUGCUUCAACAGUGUCUGUCUGCGAGACUCAUGAUUCAACCAGCCUCUGAGGGGAAGGAAGCAGAAUAUGUACAGAUUGAGCGUGGAAUGGUGGUCUAUGUGUGUUUUCUGCAAGGUGCCACUGAAGAAAUAAUCAGCAAAAUUGCAAGUUCAAUACUGAAUGCCCGACUAAGCGAAACAGACACUGGUCGCCUGGUCUCCAUUCUAGAUCUUCCUGGAGAUGUUCUCAUCAUUCCACAGGCUACACUGGGUGGCAACCUCAAGGGUAAAGGCAUGCAGUAUCAUAGGAACAUCGGCAAAGACGACGGUUUAAAACUGUAUACUCAGUUCCUUGAAUUCUUGGAAGGAACAGUUCAAAAUUCGACUGCAAAGUGUGAUAAAAACAUAGCUGUGAAGUAUGGGACAUAUGGCAAUAGACAAGUGUUUUCCAUGGAAACUAAUGGUCCAUAUACUCAUUAUUUAGAGUUUUGAUACACAAUAAAUCAUGAUAAUGCCUUAGAAA